UAUCGCUCUUUCACGCCGACCAUAGAGUCUCUCCUUAAGACCAUCGAGUUAGGAAACUAGGACGGGACUGGGCCGGCCGUAAAGCGCGCCAACCCACCGUCGCGCACGGCCGCCUUGGAAAGAGAGAAAAACCAACUCGUGGGAGGGAGGGGAGGAGAGCGAGGCUUCCCAGACCAAGCCACGCCCCCUUCGCCUCUUUCUCCUUCCUUUUCCCUCGGCCUUUCCGAGGAGCCGGCCGCAAAGCGAGGCGUUGGCGCGAAGUGUCGCGCUCUCCCCCUUCGUUCUGGAGCCGAGGGGGCGGCGGCGGCCUGGCCUGGCCUGACAGGAAACCUGGCUUUGCUUUACGGCUGCUGGAUGAGGAGGAGCGGAGACGGGGAGCGGGAGGCGCUGCGGCCGCUGCUGAGGGGACUUUGGGGACAUGGCCGAGGUACCGUCUGGGCCUAGCAGCCUGCUCGCUUCGUCGCCGGGCACCGCCGCUUCCCUCCUUUCGCCCUUCCCGGGAGCCACGGAGGAGGAGGAAGAAGAGGAAGAGGAGGAAGAAAAAGAGCGGCGGCGGCGGCGAGGAGGAGGAGGAAGAGGAGCGGAGCACCCGCGACGGCGCCGGCGCCCGCCUCCCCGCCGCAACCACCAGCUCAACGGGCUCAUCGCGGGCCCCGACCUGAGGCACUUGCGGAGCUCCCUCAAGGGCAAGGUCCUGAACAGCGGCGGAGGGGAGAGCCAGCACCCGCCCGGCCGGAAGGAGAGCGGGGCCAGCCACAGCGGCGACAGCCCUGGCAAGGCGAUGGGACACGGCCAGGAGACCCCGCCACAGCAGGAGCAGCAACAACAACAACAACGGGAGGAGGAGGCAGGGGAAGGGGAGCGGGAGAGGUCGCCUUGCCCCCCUUCACUCCGCAACCACCACCGGGUAGCCUGCCCCCCGGCAAGGACUGCACAGCCCCCCCAGCAGCAGCAGCCACAGCGUCACCCCCACCACCCCGAGGCUUCUGCCCCCUCGGCUGGGGACAGGAAUGGGCUGGCUCCCCUGGCCGCGGGAGAGCAGGAGCAGGAGUUAGAGAGGGAGGAAGAGGAGGAGGAGGAAGACUCCCUGCUGCUUCUCUCCAGGUCCUUGGCCUCCAGCUGCAGUUUGCAAAAAUGCCCCCUGACGGACUCUUCCUGGGCCCCGCAGCAAGUCGAGGAGGAGCAAGGGGACCUGACGAUACGAUAUGUCCGCUAUGAAUCCGAGCUACAGAUGCCAGAUAUCAUGAGACUGAUCACCAAAGAUCUGUCUGAACCCUACUCCAUUUACACAUAUAGGUAUUUUAUCCACAACUGGCCUCAGCUUUGCUUUUUGGCAAUGGUAGGAGCCGAAUGUGUAGGUGCCAUUGUUUGCAAGUUGGAUAUGCACAAAAAGAUGUUUCGCAGAGGUUACAUAGCCAUGUUAGCGGUGGAUUCCAAAUACAGAAGAAAAGGCAUAGGUACAAACUUGGUUAAGAAAGCUAUUUAUGCCAUGGUAGAAGGAGACUGCGAUGAGGUUGUCUUGGAGACCGAGAUCACCAACAAGUCUGCGCUGAAACUUUAUGAAAACCUCGGCUUUGUGCGAGACAAGAGGCUGUUCAGAUACUAUUUAAACGGAGUCGAUGCACUGCGCCUUAAACUGUGGCUGCGUUAACGAGGAAGGGACUUUUCUCCCCAGCCCACGGAGCGACGGUGGCGUCCUCUGCAUGCAGUGCCGUUUGUGUGGAAUUGCUUUGCAAGUGGACCUAACUUCCAUACGGCUCUUCUCCGUGAUUAUCCCGUGGAGCAUCACACCUCAAAUCGUUGCACUGUGUGGCAUGGCGCAUCUUGUUCUGAAUUUACGACAGGUUGUUUCGGACUUCAGAUCCUCUUGGUCACCGGGAAGAAGUGCCGCCAGGUAGCCAAGAACCCCCAAAACCCCCCCUCCUCAUUUUUUUUUCAUUUGCAAGUCUACUGACUCCUGUUAUAUAAAAUGAUGAACAUUUUAUCCGAGAACCUGUGUAUGUGGAACACAACUCUUCUUAUUUUUUGUUUGUUUGUUUGUUUGAGAGAGAGGAAAGCCAACGUAGAUUGUAAAAUUCUAUAAGUAUACUAACAUUUCAUACAAGACUCACCAUAGGGUUUUUCUUUUCUUUUCCUGGGGAAAAUAAACACAGCUUCAACUUUAGGUUUUAUUUUUUCAAUAUUGAACUUUCCAUUCUUAAAUAUUGGUACCUCAGUGAUUAGUGGAUGAAAAAAAUGUAUUUGUAGGGUGGGGUGUGUGUUACAUCGAGUAACGGUAACAAUUAAAUUGCGUCUGCCAGUGCCUGUAUAGAUAACGUAUAUUUGUCUCCACUGCUAAUUUUUGAAUGCAUGCUUUUUUUCUUUUUCUUGAUUACUUUUCUUUGUCGUUGCAAGAAUGGCUUUUAUUUAAAUUCUGAAUUUGAUAAUAAAUUAUUUCAUUUAUGAUUUGGAUACUUCUCCCAUGUAAGGUCUGAAAAGCUCUUCUCUUCUAGAAAGAACUGUAAGCUAUGUUUUU